CAGCUAUGGACCAAGGCCUUUGUCGCCGCUGUCAGCGCGAAGGCUGUGCUGCGCCUCGAUCGAGUCUCAGGUGAAGUAGGUGGCUCAGGGACGUUUCUUUUAACUAUGUAUACUCAUGCACACUGAUCCUCUGGGCCGCAAACACGAUCAAGUUGCCUUGUACGACGGCAGUGCAUACCAGAGGCCGCCAUACGGCAUAGACUCUGAUCGACUUCGACACAAUGGCGGGGCCACCACUACCACGCAUAGAUGUCGAGACAUCGCCGGAUAACGAGACGAACAACAACGAGAUUACGCCUACGCCGACGACUCCUCUACCAGGUAGCAGAGACCGAGCCCCCAGUUCUCCAACAAUGCUACAAACACCAACAUGGCACGGUCGCGAACGAUCAACGAGUGGACUGAGCGGAAGCACACAAUAUUCAAAUCUCAAAGUGCCAGACACAUCAUAUGGCGAGAAGGGGAGCAGCGCUUCAAGCGUAUUCAGUCACGAAGUGCGAGAAGAUGCGCUGAGACCAGAUCCUGGCACGGAAAAGGACUUUGAUGUCAAGGAUAACAAGUUCGCGUUCUCCCCUGGACAGCUCAAUAAGCUGCUCAACCCCAAAUCUCUGAACGCAUACGCUGCUCUCGGUGGUAUCAAAGGCAUCGAGCGAGGACUUCGAACAAACCUACAAACGGGUCUGAGUGCAGACGAGAGCACACUUGACGGAAAGGUGACAUUCGAAGAAGCGACUCAAUACGGAGAGAAAUCAAAGACACUCGGCUGGAAUGAGUCCACACCUGCCCCAACGGCUCGAGAGGCCGCCACAUCGAAGGGAUCUGGCACGUAUCUGGACCGACUGAAUGUAUUCAGCAACAACGCUCUUCCUGACAAGAAGCCCAAUCCACUUUGGAAGCUGAUGUGGAUCGCAUACAACGAUAAGGUGUUGAUCUUGCUCACCGUUGCCGCUGCCAUCUCUCUCGCCCUUGGACUCUACGAAACAUUCGGCGCAUAUCACCCCCCUGGAGCACCACCUCCAGUCGAUUGGAUCGAAGGCUGCGCCAUUUGUAUCGCUAUCAUUAUUGUCGUCCUCGUUGGCUCUCUGAACGAUUAUCAAAAGGAACGCGCUUUCGUCAAACUCAAUGCGAAGAAGGACAAGCGAGAGAUCAAGGUUAUUCGAUCCGGCAAGUCGAUUCAGAUCCCAGUCCAGGAGCUCACCGCUGGUGAUGUCCUGCAUCUCGAGCCUGGUGACAUGGUUCCAGUCGACGGCAUCUUCAUUGGUGGUCACAACGUCAAGUGCGACGAAUCUUCUGCUACUGGUGAAUCCGACGCUCUCAAGAAAGUCGGUGGCGAGCAAGUCAUGAAGAUGCUCGAGGAAGGCCACACCGAUCUCAAGGAUAUGGACUGCUUCAUCAUUUCUGGCAGCAAAGUUCUCGAGGGCAUCGGUACAUAUGUCGCCACAUCUGUUGGUGUCAACUCGUCCUACGGCAAGAUUCUGAUGGCUAUGCGUGUCGAUAUGGCACCAACACCACUUCAGGUCAAGCUCGAUGGUCUGGCCACUGCUAUUGCCAAACUCGGAACGUCUGCGGCUGCUUUCUUGUUCUUCGUCCUGCUCUUCCGCUUCGUUGGCGGACUGUCUGACAACCCACGAACGAGCUCCGAGAAGGCCUCGCAAUUCCUCGACAUUCUGAUCGUCGCUGUUACAGUCAUUGUUGUCGCAGUGCCCGAGGGUCUGCCACUCGCUGUCACUCUGGCCCUCGCUUUCGCUACUACUCGUUUGGUCAAGCUGAACAACUUGGUCCGUAUCUUGAAGUCUUGCGAAACCAUGGGAAACGCCACAACUAUCUGUUCCGACAAGACUGGUACUUUGACUACGAACGUCAUGACUGUGGUUACUGGCACAUUCGGCGAACGUUCUUUCGAUGAUAAGAACAAGAAUGGGGACGAGACUACCACCACCGCUUUUGCCCAGCAAUUAAGCACCGAAGAGCGCCGCCGCAUCGUGGAUGCUAUCGCGAUCAACUCUACUGCAUUUGAGGCUGACGACGGUACCUUCGUUGGUUCGAAGACCGAGACUGCCCUCCUCGCCCUCGGCCGUAUCCUCGGAAUGGGUCCUGUUGCAGAGGAACGCUCAAACGCCAACAUCGUCCAAUUGAUGCCUUUCGACUCUGCUCGCAAGUGCAUGGGUGCUGUCCAGAAGCUUUCUGAUGGAACUUACCGCCUGCUCAUCAAGGGUGCCUCUGAGAUUCUCCUUGGCCACAGCACAAACAUCGCCACAUCUGCUGGUCUCGUUCCACUCGACAGCGCUGAGCGUGAACGCAUCGAGGCCAUCAUCGACGACUACGCCAAGCAGUCUCUUCGCACCAUCGCUCUGAUCUCCCGCGACUUCCCCCAGUGGCCACCAGCUGGCUGCACUGUUGAGAACGACCCACACUCUGCCGAUAUGGACCUCGUGUUGAAGGAGAUGACUUUCGAUGGCCUUGUUGGUAUCCAGGAUCCAGUCCGCCCAGGUGUCCCAGAGGCCGUCUCCAAGUGUGCCUAUGCAGGUGUCAGCACUCGUAUGGUCACUGGUGAUAACGUCACAACUGCUAAGGCUAUUGCAACUGACUGUGGUAUCUACACUGGCGGCCUCGUCAUGGAAGGCCCUGUCUUCCGUACCCUCAGCGAACAGCAAAUGGACGAAGUCCUUCCAAAGCUUCAGGUUCUUGCACGAUCUUCUCCCGAGGACAAGCGUAUUCUGGUUACUGGCCUCCGCCGUCUUGGUGAGAUCGUCGCCGUCACUGGUGACGGUACCAACGACGGUCCUGCUCUCAAGGCUGCCGAUAUUGGUUUCUCCAUGGGUAUCUCUGGAACUGAAGUCGCUAAGGAGGCAUCUGCCAUUAUUCUCAUGGACGACAACUUUACCUCGAUCCUGACUGCUCUGAUGUGGGGACGUGCCGUCAACGACGCCGUUCGCAAGUUUUUGCAGUUCCAGAUCACCGUCAACAUCACCGCUGUCAUCAUCACUUUCGUCUCCGCUGUUGCCAACGCCGACAUGCAAUCUGUGCUUACUGCUGUGCAAUUGCUCUGGAUCAACCUGAUCAUGGACUCCAUGGCAGCACUCGCACUCGCAUCUGACCCACCGACUGAGGAAAUCCUCGACCGCAAGCCAGCUAAGCGAUCAGCACCUCUCAUCAGCACUAUCAUGUGGAAGAUGAUCAUCGGUCAAGCUAUUUACCAGCUUGUCGUGACCUUUAUCCUCUACUACGUGGGACCCAGCAUUCUCAAUGUGGUCAGAGACGGCAGCGAGAUCCGUUCCGUGGUCUUCAACACUUUCGUCUGGUUCCAAGUGUUCAAUAUGCUUAACAACAGACGUCUGGACAACAAGUUCAACAUCUUCGUCGGAUUCUUCAAGAACUACUUCCUCAUCGGGAUUUUGGCCAUCAUGAUCGGAUGUCAAGUCAUGAUCAUGUAUAUAGGCGGCAGGGCUUUCUCAAUAAGCAGAAUCGGGGCAAGAGACUGGGGUAUUGCUGUGGUUCUCGGUGCUGGAUCGCUCCCUUGGGGUAUUCUGGUCCGUCUGUUCCCCGAUGCAUGGUUCGCCACCCUUGCCAAGUUUUUUGGAUGGCCAGUGGUCCGAGUUUACAGGCCACUCAGCCGCGCAACACACGCAAUCUCUCGAAAGAUCAAGGGACUGCGCCGCAGCAAGAAGGAAAGCCAGGACGUGGCCUCCGAGGCUGAGGCCCAGGAGCAGGAGGCUGAGAAUGAGAAGAAGGCUAAAAUUUCCGUGGUUUGAGCCUCAGGCAAGACAACCAAGCACAGUGAUAGACAGAUUGCAUAGCGGCAUUGAUCGGAGAGAGGGAUACAGAAAGAAACACAAUAACAAAAUAGAUAUAGAAAUGAUUGACGGAUAAUGACCAGAUAACAAGCAAGCGAGAGUGCCCUCUAUGGAGGACUUUCAUGUAACAGAUUAGAAAACAAAUCAAAC